GUUUUGAGCUAAGUAUCAAACCAAUAAUGUAAAAUCCGCCCCAUACUUGCCCAAUUUUCCCAUCUUUAAUACGCACCGUUUGAAGCGGCUCCGCUCUCCUACAACUUUUAUCUUCGAAGCUCUAACGCUGGGGAAUAAUGUUAAUAAAAUUUAAUUUAUCGUUUAUUUGCAAAACUUCACUCCGAUUUUGAAGCUGUUUAUCGGUUUGAGAUUUUGAUUGGUUUCCAAGAAAACCUAACCGCCGAGAGGAGGAUUAUAUAAUUCACAUAGGCUUAUGGAACAAGAGAAUAACAAUAAAGAAGCUGAUAAUCCUGUUGAAAAGUUUGCUAAUUCACUAGCGUUAGAAAAACGAAACGAGGAAACUGUGGAAGCAGCUGCAAAAGCGCAGUCAUUUGAAAUGAAUAAUGGGGGAGCUGGGCUUCUCGGGAAAGCACCUGCAAAGGCAGAAUCGUCGAAAAAACGAACUCCUAAAUCACUGAAGGCCAAAUCUAAAAUCAAUAAGGGACCUCCAGAUAGCAUCACUUUGAAAGGUGAGAAAGCUAACGAUAAUCAGCAGUCUCGAGGGAGAAACAGGAGGAGGAGGAAUAAGGGUUUAUUGAAGAGGGAAAAUAACAAUAAUGAGUUUGAGAAGAAUACAAACCAGAAUUUGAGGGAAGAUAAAUUGCCAAACAAUAGUAAGGGCAAAGAGAUUGAAAAGAACCAGGGAAUGAGUGCUAGUUCAAGUAAAAGCCAGCGUAACCAAAAGACUGAAGAUGCCCAGUUUAAAAAUCCAGAAAAUCAAAAGAACAAAGGAAAGCUUGAUGCCAAGGAUAAGAGCCAAGGAGAUCAAAAAAAGGCAGAGAAUCUCGGUGGUUUGAUCUUUAUGUGUAAUGCAAAGACCAAAGCAGAUUGUUUCCGAUAUCAAAUCAUGGGUGUGACAUCUGGUAAAAAGGAUCUUGUGCUAGGUGUGAAACCCGGACUUAAACUUUUCCUAUUUGAUUUUGAUCUGAGACUUAUGUAUGGGAUCUAUAAAGCAUCUUCUUCCGGUGGGAUGAAACUGGAGCCAAAGGCUUUUGGUGGGUCCUUCCCAGUUCAGGUACGGUUCAGUGUUCAUAAGGACUGCGUUCCACUCCCUGAAAGUGUUUUCAAGAAGGCUAUAAAGGACAAUUAUGUUGCAAAAAACAAGUUUGAGAUUGAACUCACUGUUCGACAAGUCAGGAAGCUCAGUGAACUUUUCCGACCAGUUGCAUUCCAAUCACUGAAGCCAGCUGCAAUUCCUGUCUUUUCCGCACCAGUGGCAACUAUUCGAGAUAGAGAGGUAUAUGAGAAACUAAGAGACUCACGACCUCAUUCAGACAUGGAAGAAAGAGUCAGAGAUGAUGGUAGGAGUUAUCCUGUGCUUUUCCGUGAAAGAGAUCCGCGGGAGGUGGUAUCAACACAUAGAGAGGAAGCUCCCCGUGAUUUAUACAUGAGCGAAAAGGAGUAUCGAACUUAUGGUCUUCAAAGAGAGAGAAGAAACCCGACUCCUCCACGUAGGGCUGUUUCCACUCUAGAUCCCUAUUCUAGGAAUCCAGAAAGAGAGAGCCUUCUUCGACAGCCAGCCCCUAUAUACGGAGAUACUGUCUCCGCGCAUAGAGAAUUAGUUCUCGCAGACCCUCUUUACUCGACUCCGAGAGAGUUUCACAAGUAUGAUAUGGGUGGUAGAAGUGAUAUUUUCGCCGGAGCUCCUUCAGUUUCUGCAAUGCCAUCUGGUUCUACUGUGACAGCAUUAGACCCUUAUAGAAGGGAUCCAUAUCAGUCUUAUCAGUACGGUACAUCUUCCGCGAGCGCGUAUUUGCUCCCACCGAAUAGGGAGGAAGCUCCUUCAAGUUCAUAUUAUAUUGAUGGUAGAAGAGAGACCUACCUAAAUGAGCCUGAUCCUUUGCAGAGGAGAGAAGCUGAUUCAGUGGAUCAACUUUACUUGAAAUACGGGGUUGAACCACUAGCACAAUAUAAACCGGUUUACCAAGAAGCCAAACCAGAAACAGUACGCCAAUUGGUUUCAUCUCGGUACUCAUUUGCUGGUCCGUCCGUCUCUUAUCGAUAAUUAAAAUGUAUGACUAACAGUUUAUUUAGUUCCCGUUUAAGUGGAUUAUUAAAGUGCAUGUGACAGAAAUUUCAGUUAUGAACAGUUGAUUUCUGUUGUAAUGCUAACAAGUAUACGAGCAUUAACUGUACUGUAUUUGUGGUGUGUAAUUUAUUUUUCUGAGAUCCAGACUUUCCAGCA